UCUCAUUCAGGCGUAUAUAAAGUGACUGAGGGAUGCUGGGGUUUACAGACACACAGACACCGUUCAGUGAUUCAGUGAUUCAGAAAGAGACACGAUGCUCCCUGCCACCUUUAAACUGUGCGCCGGCAUUUCCUACAGACACACCAGGAACAUGACGGGUUUGAGGAGAAACGCCAUGAUGGCCAUCCACCAUGAGCUGAGCAAACUGUCCGGUCCUGGACCUAGCAUGUGGGUCAGAAACAUCCGCCGAAGGAGCUCGCUGCUCUGCAGCAGGAUCGAGGAGGAGACUCUGAGUGAAUCGGAGCAGGGUUACGUGAGACAGGGUCAGGAGGCGUUACAGAAGUCCAUCAGCAUCCUCAGUGAUCCAGAUGGCUGGCAAACCGAGAUCGAGACGUCGAUGGGAGAUAAAGUGCUCAGUAAAGUCCUUCCAGACGUCGGCAAGGUCUUCAGGCUGGAGGUGGUUCUGGACCAGCAGCCUGACGAUCUGUAUGAGGAGCUGGUUGAGAACAUGGAGAGCAUGGGCGAGUGGAACCCCAACGUCAAACAAGUCAAGAUCCUACAGAAGAUCAACCAGGACACCCUGGUGACUCACGAGGUUUCGGGGGAGACGCCGGGGAACGUGGUAGGUCCGAGGGAUUUCGUCAGCGUGCGCUGUACUAAACGCAGAGGCUCCACCUGCUUCCUAGCCGGAAUGUCAACCCAGCAUCCCAGCAUGCCUGAGCAAAAGGGCUUCGUCCGAGCGGAGAACGGGCCGACAUGCAUCGUGAUGAGGCCAAAUGCUGACGAUCCCAACAAGACCAAGUUCACCUGGUUACUGAGUUUAGACCUGAAGGGCUGGAUUCCCAAAACGGUGAUAAACCGAGUUCUUUCUCAGACCCAGGUGGACUUUGCUAAUCAUCUGCGAGACAGAAUGGCUAACAACAGCAGAAUGGAGGCUACAGUGGCCUGCUGACAUCAUAACACACACACACUUUCAGACACACACACACACACACACACACAUACAUACAUAAGUACAUACAUACAUACACACAUACAUACACACACACACAAACACUGCAACCUCUUAUAAGAGAUUAAACUCCACCCACUCAGAACAUCACAGAUUCUGACAUCACAAGUCUAGCGUAAGUGACGGAGCCGGAUCACAUCCGCUUGGAGAACUACACAACAUUUAACGUACAGCGCUCACACACAGCACCAGACUUACAGUUAAUCCAGACCUAGGUUUCCUCAGCUGCUAAUAAACAGGAAGUCCAACAUUCCAAACUUUAUUUAUUACUAAAAUGCUUAGUCAUUCCUACUGUAUGUUUUAUGGAACAGCUUGGAACCAAAGGGCUUAAAUGUAAACAGUUAGACAAGAUGAUUGUACUGAAGCUAGCAGAGGAAGUCUAUAGCUUUUAGUUCUUGUAAAACACCCAGGGUUCCGGAAAAGGGUUCAAGGCCUCAUUUCUAGUCUGGGGUUCUGGUGUUCCUGAAAAGAUUGCAAAGCUGCUACAAAAACAGAUGCUAGUCUAUGGCCUGCAGCUUAGCAUUCAGAAUUUGAGCUGUAUGUUUACAAUGAUUAACAACAACCACUUUUAUUCUUACAUAGUUAUGAAUAUAAAUACAUACAUGACAGAUUUAUAAACUAUAAACUGUCUCCAUUUUAAAGCUGAAUCUCUUCUGGGACAUGCCUCGGGGUGUGGCUGAGGAUCGACUCAGAGUUGAUUCACAGUUGAUUCUGAUUAUGGACUAAUGAGCUUGUGAUGUAUUUGAGCACACAGAGAUUUCACCAUGCUAAACUGGAAGCCAUAAGCAUUGGUAGUUUAACUUUAUCCUCGUAGCUUCAGUACGGCUCCAAAGACCGAACAUGUCAGAGUCCAGCAGUUCUCUGAAAGAUCUGAAGUGUUUGAAGCUAUUUGUUGCAAAAUGUUAAGUAUAUUUUUAUUCCAAGAAGUCACUCGUCUGCAGUUAGUCUACCUUCUGGUUCCAAGCUGUUAUUGUAUUUGUGUGAAAUGUUACCUAUUUAUUUCGCCUGUAUGUGACUCUGUAACUGCAUGUCUGUUAAAUAAAAUAAAUCAACGAAUAAAACCGUC